AAGAAUGGGAAGCUUCUCUAAAAUAUCUGAAAUGACAAUUAGGAUUCCUAGAAGAUUCAUCAUAGAAUACCUUUUAGACCCUUGUCCAUAUCUAAACCUGCAGGAGUUUUAAUUUUAUUUCACCCAAGUUAUUUAAGAGGCAAUCAUUGAUAGUAGCUGUUGGUUAUAGCAAAAUGUGAUGGUGACCGAAAGAUACACCUUAACACUUGAAAUUAAAAUUUCAUUCUGAAAGUGAAACUGGGGAAAAUCAAUGAGUUAAGUCAUUACAUCAGAUAAGUGACUGUACAGAUAAGUGACUAUAAAGAGUUUUAGGAAACACACAAGGUUUGGACUAGGGUGUGUCUUUAUUAUUCUAUGCUUAUGUUAGCAUAAAGAUAUAACUUAAUGGUUUGUUUUAAACUCAUUGUGAAAUUGAAGGGGUUUGAAGAGAAUGGGGUCCUGAAACUGACAAUACAGGGAUAAGACUUUGCCUAGAAAGUGUUAAUUUUGUAUUCCUACUCUUAUGUUUUUGUAAACAUCUUUUAAAGAACUCCCCUUUUCAAACCAAACCUAGAUAUAAAACAGGUAAAAGUAGAGGGGCUCUGGUUGAAACAGUACAAGGUAGUUGGCCUUCCCUUUGCCCUGAGUUGGCUUGAGGCAACUUUGCCAAACCACAGGACUCCUAGGAAUUUAGUUUGAACACCAUCACCCUUGGGAGCAAAACCCCCUAGCCAUGGCAGAAAGAGACUUUAAUUAUAGGAAAAGGGCAUGGGGACACUGGUUAGUUAAUUCUUCUCUGACUUUGAGUACAGUAAACAGUCUUUCAUGAAAAUGUUAGAGUAUUCAGUUUGCUCGGAGUUUGUAGUUUACACUUUAUCAAUAAAAUGGCAUCCUGUUUUUAAAUUUUUUUCUUGUAUCAGUCUCCUAUGAGGAUAGUUAAUGUGAGUCCAUCCUUGAAAGACCGAAUACUCUCGUGCUUAUCUUGGGAUUAAAAUUUUAAAAAGGAGAGGAUGACUAGCUUUUGUGUUGUUAGAGCUGAACCUGCACCAUGGCUAUAGGAAGUUUGUGCCAAUCUGUGGUGUCCUGCUAAUAAUUAGAGCUCCUUUAUUGAUUGAAAUGAUGGGGCUGGGAUCUGCCAUAAAAGUAAUUUUUUGUGCUUACUCCUAUAUUUCUUAGAACUUCCAUGAAAAGAUGAUUACCUUUUAGUAGAAAAAACAGAUUUGUAUUACCCUAGUCCAUCAACAUUAUUCAUCUUUGAGAACUUUUUUUUUCAAAUGACCAACCUAUUAGUUCUGCCCAAAUGUUGUUUCAUGAAGACCACACAUUUGUGAAAUAUUAAAUAAGUCUUGUGAAGUAUCAGUUUGUAAAAUAGUGGUCAUAACUCUGAAGACCCUGUUUAUAAUAUACAUGGAAUGAAAAUGCUGGAAAUCAGCUAUUUCUAUUCUCUAAGCAAGCCCAUUCUUUUAUAUAUGUUUGUUACCUUGAGUUUUCAAAAUACUCAGUUUAGGAUUGCUUAUUAAUGUGUAGUCUUGGUUCCCUGAACUGUGAAGUAAACUACGUUUUUUUCUUUGUUGUCCCUCAGGCAGAAAUUUGGCUUUUCUACUAUUUAUCAUAGCUUCUCAGUUGUGUGUCCUUUCUUUCUAAUUUAUACCUUAUUCUAGACAGUUGCACCUAUAAAAAUAGAAAUAAAAAGCCAAGAAAAGUUUACUUGAAAAAUAUUCAGUUGAAAUCUCCCCUUAGUUUACAUAUAUUUUAAGUUUACAUUUCCUCUAGUAAGCCGAUGACUAAAUUAUUUACAUUUUUAAAAUUUUUAAAGUGAUUUAUUAUAUCAUUGCCCACAAAUGGAAACAUAGCUAACAAGUAUUGAAUGUUGAACUGUGUGGUAAUUGAGAGAGAUUCAGAGAUAUUUUUGGUAUUAUUUCACCCAUGGGUAUCACUUUGGCAUACAAACAGAGUAGAGUAGAAUGAAGUAAAAAGUAAGGAAAUUUCAAAUAAAUGUUUAUUACAAGGGAAAAUAAAUUUCUAUAUCAUUUUUAAAAAUCUUUGUAUUUGCCACUUUCCAUGGAGACCUACUCUUUAAUGUAGUGUGAGAACUAACUAUUGGUUUUGAAAUAGGUUAAUAUCCAUCAUCCUAUCAUCAUCAAAGAACACUAACCUGUCAAAUAAUCAUCAAAUAAUCUGAAUUUUCUUCCGCAUCUACUACUAACAUGAUUUGUGAUGAUGAGCACAUACUACCAUUUUGGAAAUUCAUCUCCAGAGUUGUCAUAAUAAAUGUCCUACUCUCCUCAGCAUGGUUCUGUGAGGCUAAAAUAAUACCUGUAAAAAUAAAAUUUUAGAAAGCAUAGCACUAAUGCAAGAUGGUAUUCUUAUGUACAGAGGCGCCAAAAUAUAGUGGUAAGGCAGGCAGGCUUUGGAGACAGACUUUCUUGGUUCAUAUUGUGACUCUUACUAGAUAUUUGACCUUGAGCAAGCUGCUUAAUCGUAGAGCGCCACAAUUUCCUCAUCUGUAGAUCAGGGCUAAUAAUAAUCCAUCCCUGAUAGUGUUGUUGUGAGGAUUAAAUGAGAUAGUAAUGUAUAGCACUUAGUACAGAGGCUGGGACAUUGUAAGUGUUCCUUGCUCUUAAAUAAUAUUUAAAUAUCUCAUGUAAUAUCAAAUUUUGAAUUACUCAGUGAUGCUUGGUUCAAGCAUUCAUAGCUUGUUAAAAACAAUUCAGACUGAAGUCUUCUGGUUCAGAUCACAAAUGACUUUAUGGAAGAGAUUUAUUCCCUUCAGCAAAAGGAGGUCGUGAGGACACUGCCUAGGCUACAGGAAAUCCCAGGAAAUAUUCUCAAAUUCCUUUUCAGCUGUGGUACCAUCUUUUUGAACCUACAAGUUCAAAUUGCUUUUAAAUGAAUCACUCAGUUCUUCCUCUGGCCAGGAGUACUUUCAUUAGGAUUAUCGUUUGAUCAAAAUGAAAACUCCCCAAAUCAUGGCAGAUUUCACGACCAAAUUUCUUUAUACCUGGUUUUGAAUUUGUGGGAAAUGCCACGCCCCACUGCCCCGACAGCUCUGUGUAAUGUUUUCUGCUAUGACAGGGCCUCACUGGGGAAAUCCUAGCUGAAGAUAAUAGCAUGAUAUAUUAAAUGUUGCCAGUAUUCCAUUUAAUAAUAAGCAAUUGCAUAGCAGGCUUUUUAAUACCUAAGUAAAAAGCGAUACAUUAAUAUUGAGUACACUGCUACUGUAAAGUCCAUUCUCCUCCCGAUUUCCAACCAACACCAUUUAACUGCCAACCUACUGUUACAAGAGUUUACUAUUUUAUUCUUGCUCCAAAAUGGCAUCAACAGCGAUGGGGUGCUUUCAGGGGAUUGUUGAACAGAUUUUUUUCAACAAAGGGGGAAGCUUGAGGAAAUGCAAAACAGCCACUGUAGGCAUGGCAAAGCUUUAUCUCAGCACGCCUCAAAUCCACACACCCCUUAAUCAAACAAGCAGCUUUAUGGCAUGCGCAAUUGCAGCUGAAAUAUAACCGACUUCCGCAGAACUGGCUUCCAGAGGAUUUCCUGUCCAAAAAUGACCGUGUGGUCAUCUGUAGCUAAAUGGUUACAGAUCGUCAAGUCAGCAAGUCACCCCCUCCCCAGCAUUUGUGUGUUUUAAAAACAAGAGAGUCGAAGUGACCAAACCCUGUCAUUUGCAGAUUCUCUCUCUGGACUUCUUUGAUUUCCUUUCUUUUCAUUGGGUAAAAAGGGGAAAAACAAAACCCAGCCAACAAAAACCCUCCCUCCUUAAUAUCUGUUUGUUCAAUGUGUCAUUUCCCUGGGAGGUUAUUUACAGGUUUCUCGCUGCUUAGCUUGUCUUGCCUGGUGAUCACUGACUGAAAGAAGAAAUCUGCUUUUUUGGGGCGAGCUGUGCCUUUAACCCCUUUGGCCGGCUCUUCCUUGGAGGCGAGCGGAGCGCGCUGCAGUGUCCGGGAACCCACCUAGAGGGCCCCCUUGACGCCAGCACAUCCCCUGUCGGGCAGCAGCCUCUGCAGCCGAGCGGGCUGCUGCAGAGUUAAUGUACAGUACCACGGAGCCUGCAAGUGUCCUGAGCUGUUCAGAGCCGCCGGCAGGCACAGCCCAGGGCAGACGAGGCGGCUGCGACGAUUCCAAAGGUUCUGCUGGAAAUUCGGCGCUGGGGGACCCCAGUGGGAGCCUGUUGCCAUUGUGUUUUAAAAGCAUGCAAGGUCUGUAUAGCUCGGGCGUGAGAAUCUUUCAGAAGCUGUCAGAGCAUCUGAGUAAAUGACACCUACUGGGAAAUUGAAUUGGGGGUAAAAAGAGAGAGAAAAAAGAGAAGAGAAAGACAGCGGGGGAAGAAAUUCUUAGACAACGUCUGACUUGCAGCUGUGAAAAUUCAUUUCUUUCCCAGGCAAAAUAUGAAAAGCCCGCACAUGGAUUUGAUAACAACAAAUUAGAGGGGUUGCUGCAGGGAAAGGAUCAAUAGCUUAGUCAUUUGACUGAAAGAGAGCAGACAGCCUUAUUAAGGGGUUAGGCAGCACAAAUGAAUUUCCUCCUGACAGCACCUUCUGAAGUCAUGAUGGGAGCUCAUGGUGAUCCUGUCCUGCAAAGCAGAAAUUGCUCCUUGCCUUCCUACUUUUGCAGUUGAAAACCAGCAAUUCUGAGAUUGGGGAGAGAAGUUGGCUUUUGGUUAUACAUGGUUGCUAGCCCCCCUGCCCAGGUCUUUGUCCGACACGUCUCAGAAGGCAGCACUGCGUUAAAGUGACCACACAUGAAUAUGUGCCUAAGAAAGAAGAAAAAGCAGUAUUCAUUUCUAAAGGACAGCAUGGCAAAGCAACCUGAAGUUUCCCAUUUCCCUUCUAACACUUCUUUAACAAGGAUAACAAGAAACUGUCUUUUGACUCCUUUUUUCCCACAUUCCAGAGUCCUUCCUGCAAGGAUGCAUUAAUUUCCGCUCUAGGCAGUUGGAUUUUACUGGGACAAUAUUUGCUACCAUUUAGGAUUAGCGAAUGAACUGGUUAUUUUAGGGUGUUGACUAACUAGUGGAACCUAAAUGGGUGGACCGAUACCUGCAGUACUCUGUGAUGUUUCUUUCUUCAAACCCUGGAAGGGCUUUUGUUGUUGCUCUUGGUUUUUUUUUUUUGUGGGGGGGUGAUUUUUGGGAAUUCAGUACUUGUUGCAAUAAUUGCCCAUGAUAGCUGCUCAAACAGGAGAGUUGGAAUUCAUCUUUGAAAAUCACUACAUGUAACAUACGAGACAAGGAAAAUAUUAAUGACAGAAGAUCUGCCAACAUGAUGCACGUGAAUAAUUUCCCCUUUAGAAGGCAUUCCUGGAUAUGCUUCGAUGUGGACAAUGGCACAUCUUCUGGACGGAGUCCCUUGGAUCCCAUGACCAGCCCGGGAUCUGGGCUAAUUCUCCAAGCAAACUUUGUCCACAGUCAACGCCGGGAGUCCUUUCUGUAUCGAUCCGACAGCGAUUAUGACCUCUCACCAAAGUCUAUGUCCCGGAACUCCUCCAUUGCCAGUGACAUACAUGGAGAUGACCUGAUUGUGACUCCCUUUGCACAGGUCUUGGCCAGCCUGCGAACUGUACGGAACAACUUUGCUGCGUUGACUAAUUUGCAAGACCGAGCACCUAGCAAAAGAUCACCCAUGUGCAACCAACCAUCCAUCAACAAAGCCACCCUAACAGAGGAGGCCUACCAGAAACUGGCCAGCGAGACCCUGGAGGAGCUGGACUGGUGUCUGGACCAACUAGAGACCCUGCAGACCAGGCACUCCGUCAGUGAGAUGGCCUCCAACAAGUUUAAAAGGAUGCUUAAUCGGGAGCUCACCCAUCUCUCUGAAAUGAGUCGGUCUGGAAAUCAAGUGUCAGAGUAUAUAUCAAACACAUUCUUAGAUAAGCAACAUGAAGUGGAAAUUCCUUCUCCAACUCAGAAGGAAAAGGAGAAAAAGAAAAGGCCAAUGUCUCAGAUCAGUGGGGUCAAGAAAUUGAUGCACAGCUCCAGCUUGACUAAUUCAAGCAUCCCAAGGUUUGGGGUCAAAACUGAACAAGAAGACAUCCUUGCCAAGGAACUAGAAGAUGUGAACAAAUGGGGUCUUCACGUUUUCAGAAUAGCAGAGUUGUCUGGGAACCGGCCUUUGACUGUUAUCAUGCACACCAUUUUUCAGGAACGGGAUUUAUUAAAAACAUUUAAAAUUCCAGUGGACACUUUAAUUACAUACCUAAUGACCCUGGAAGAUCAUUACCACGCUGAUGUGGCCUACCACAAUAAUAUUCACGCUGCAGACGUCGUCCAGUCAACACACGUGCUGUUAUCUACACCUGCUUUGGAGGCUGUGUUUACAGAUUUAGAGAUUCUUGCAGCAAUUUUUGCCAGUGCAAUACAUGAUGUAGAUCAUCCUGGUGUGUCCAAUCAGUUUCUGAUCAAUACAAACUCUGAACUUGCCUUGAUGUACAAUGAUUCUUCUGUCCUGGAGAACCAUCAUUUGGCCGUGGGCUUUAAGUUGCUUCAGGAAGAAAACUGCGACAUUUUCCAGAAUUUGACCAAAAAGCAAAGACAGUCAUUAAGGAAGAUGGUCAUUGAUAUUGUACUUGCAACAGACAUGUCAAAGCACAUGAAUCUGCUGGCUGAUUUGAAAACUAUGGUUGAAACUAAGAAAGUGACAAGUUCUGGAGUUCUUCUUCUUGAUAAUUAUUCUGAUAGGAUUCAGGUCCUUCAGAACAUGGUGCAUUGUGCCGACCUGAGCAACCCAACCAAGCCCCUCCAGCUAUACCGCCAGUGGACGGACCGCAUCAUGGAGGAGUUCUUCCGCCAAGGGGACCGAGAGAGGGAGCGGGGCAUGGAGAUAAGCCCCAUGUGUGACAAGCACAAUGCCUCUGUGGAAAAAUCACAGGUGGGCUUCAUAGACUACAUUGUUCAUCCUCUCUGGGAGACGUGGGCAGACCUGGUCCAUCCUGACGCCCAGGACAUUUUGGACACUUUGGAGGACAAUCGUGAGUGGUACCAGAGCACGAUUCCUCAGAGCCCCUCCCCGGCACCGGAUGACCAGGAGGAGGGCCGGCAGGGUCAAACCGAGAAGUUCCAGUUUGAACUGACUUUAGAGGAGGACGGCGAGUCAGACACCGAAAAGGACAGUGGGAGUCAAGUGGAAGAAGACACUAGCUGCAGUGACUCCAAGACGCUCUGCACUCAAGACUCGGAGUCCACCGAAAUCCCCCUGGACGAGCAGGCGGAAGAGGAAGCCGUGGGAGAGGAGGAGAGCCAGCCCGAGGCCUGUGCCAUCGGAGAUCACUCGCCCGACACAUAACAGGGCAGAGACUUCCAUGCCUUCUGUUUGUGUUUUUUGUUUUUUUAAGUAGAAACAUUGUUUCCAAAGUGCAUGUCACAUGCCACAACUACGGUCACACCUCACUGUCAUCUGCCAGGACGUUUGCGGAACAAAACUGACCUUGACGACUCAGUCUAGCGCUCAGGAAUAUCGUCACCAGUUUUUUCACCUCCAUGUCAUCAGAACGAGGGGGACAUCUCCACGAACGGCAGUGUCCGAAGACUGCAGCUCGGUCGAGCUGAAGAAGCAGAGAAAAUCAACUCCAAAGUGUUUUCUAGGGAGUGUGGCUCAUCAGGCAGCCCAAAAGUUGAGAUGAUUUGGGGGUUCUUUUCCUUUUUAUUUGUUUGCAAUAUUUUCAGCAGAAAGAAGGCAUUACAUGGACGGAGUGAAGCAACACAUGGGUCAGGAACAGGACACAUUGUGAAGCUGUUACCAGGAAGAAGAUGAGCCACAGAAAUUGCAUAAUUUUCUAAUUUCAAGUCUUCCUGAUACCUGACUGAACAGUGUGGUUCAGUGAGCUGCACUGACCUCUACAUUUUGUAUGAUAUGUAAAACAGAUUUUUUGUAGAGCUUACUUUUAUUAUUAAAUGUAUUGAGGUAUUAUAUUUAAAAAACUAUGUUCAGAACUUCAUCUGCCACUGGUUAUUUUUUUUCUAAGGAGUAACUUGCAAGUUUUCAGUACAAAUCUGUGCUACACUGGAUAAACCUAAUUUACAAAUUUUACUUGCACCUUAGACUUCAUAGCAAUUAACUGAUUUGUAGUGACCCGUUGUUUUAUAUACCAAUGACUUCCAUAUUUUAAAAACAAAAGUUGACUUUAUGUUGCAGGAAACCCUUUUUGUAGGUCUUCAUUUACUGGCUUUUCGUUUCACUCCUUUCAGACACGCAGAGUUGCUCCCCACUUACAUUUCUCUUCACCGUGUGCAAAGCGAAUACUCGUUCCAUAAUACUUUGAUGUGCAUUCUGUCUAAUGUGUCUCAAGCCUCAUGGACACUCAGUUAUCAGUUGGUGUUUUCUGAAGCAAGUGAGAGAUAUAUAAAUACCCAGUAGCUAAAAUGGUCAGUCUUUUUUAGAUAUUUUCCUACUUAGCGUCUUCUGAGAACAUUUUGCUGUGGCGAUAGACCCUCAUUUCACAAGUGCAUGUCUUUGUAAUAACCCACACAUUUCAUGCUCGUUUUUGUUUUCACAGUCAUAGUAAGAACUUUUCCCCCUUGUGCUGCUUCAUUAUCAGUGUGUGUUUGAACCUCUGUCCACAUUCACUGCGUGGGGUCUUAUCAAAUAUAUCACCACCAUAUGCUGACUGAUGCAAAGAACAGGUAGUCAAGUUAGAGUUAGCAUUCUUUUCUGCCAUGAGGUCAUAUAUAAUGACUAGCUUCUACUUUUGAUUUACAAAGAAACGUUAACAGCUAGCUAGGUAAUUUUUUAACAAUAUUAGCAGAAUAUAUUAAUGAAGACCAGUACAAUGAAUGCUCUUUUGUUUCUCUGAUUUCACCAUGGGAUUAAGAACUGUAUGAGGAAUAUUCCUGAGAAGUGAUUUUAAGUGUAGCAAUGACUCUUCCUUAAAGGACAGCCAUGUAACAUGUAGCACUUGAUUUAUCAGUUAUCAUGGAUCCAUAAGUAUGUCUUGUGGAGAAGAGCUUCUUUAAAUACACUGACAGAAAGAAGUUGAUGAUGCCCCUGGCACCAGAGAUUUGGCAAUAUAAUGCCGUUUUAAAAUACUGGGCUGGGUAAGAAGAUUCUGCAUAAGUCAAAUAUUAGAGAUCGCUGUUGGCUAAAUUUAGCAUCAAGAAAUGUAUUACAAUUUUAGAGAUUGAUUCCCAGUAUUUAUGUUCAGUUGGCAUCUUGGGGCAUUUAUUUAGUUUGGACUUCCUUCCCACUUCAGCUCUUAAUAAAGUGUUUACCGUCUCUGUGAAGAGUUUGGAGCCCGAAUAAUCAUUUUUUAGAGCGACAUCCAAGAACCCAAGUAGAGGCUAAAGGAGUAUCAGACCAAAUGGAAAAUAAAUAAAACACUAAAUAAAAUUGUAACCCUGAAAAACAUUUAUAUUGGGGAUGUCAAAAGAAGCCAUCUGGGGACUAAUCACUAAGUUAGCAGCCAGGGAAAUGACCCAAGCUGAAGAUAGCUAGUUUAAUCCCCUGAGAUCCACUGAUGCUUAGAAAUUUGGAUAGAAAAAUUAUGUAGCUCCGAUCUUUCACACAGAGCACAGGAUAGGAAUUGACCAAUUAAUUAUCAGAUUUCCACCCUCCUUCCCCUGUAAGAACCAGACUUUCAAAGAAAGUCUUAUGUUUGGCAAGUGGUUUCACAAGAAUAUUUGGAAACUUGUUUCCAUUUUAAUUUUAUUUGUCCCUGAUGGAGGUUUAGAGGAAAAAGCAAAGAAUCUAGUGUUUAUUCCUUUCUCCAAAAUAUUCUCAUUCCAUCCCCUCCCUAAUGCUUGGUAUUUCCCCCACAGAGUGCCUAGAAUCUUAAUAAUGAAAAAAAAUUAAAACAGCAAUAUGUCACAAACAAAUCCAGACCUGAAAAGAUUUAUAACUGCACUAAAAAAGAGAGGCUUUUUUUUUUUUCAAUUUGUUGGGUUUUAAUGGUCACGUUGUAAAGAUAUCCACUGAUGGACAAUCAAAUUGUAGAAGAGACAUAAUAUCCAAAAGAUAGGGACUAGUGCACUAUACAAUAUACGUCUCCUCUCCCUUCCCUUUUGCCAAAGUGUGCUUCAGAAUUAUACACCGCUUUAAAAAGAAUGUCCUUUUACAAGUGACUUUACAUUUCCUAAAAUGCCAUAAGAAAAUGCAAUAUCUGGGUACUGUACGGGGGAGAAAAUGUCCAAGUUUGUAUAAAACCAGUACAUUUCAGCUUGCAAGUUACUGAACACAAUAAUGCUGUUUCAAUUUUCUUUUACGUCACUUAAAAUUCACAAGAAAAUAAUGUAGAUAGAACAAAUUGCAGACAAGGAAAAAAAAACUUGAAUGAAGUGGAUUUUACAGAAAGCUUUAUGAUACUCUUUGAAUGCAUUAUUUAUUUUUUGUGCCAUGCAUUUUUUUCUCACCAAAUGACCUUACCGGUAAUACAGUCUUGUUUGUCUGUUUACAACCAUGUAUUUAUUGUAAUGUACAUACUGUAAUGUUAAUUGUAAAUUAUCAGUUCUUAUUAAAACAUCAUCCCGCAAUGGGAUGGUGUUGAUAUAUUUGGAAACUCUUGGUGAGAGAAUGGUGUGUAUACAUACUCCUUGUACAUUUUCUUUUCUUCUAUAAAAUAGUCUUGUCACCUUAGAGCUUGUUUAUGGAAGAUUCAAGGAAACUAUAAAAUACAUAAAGGUAUAUAAAAUUAAGAAAACAUAGCUGCAGGUCUUUGGUCCCAGGGCUGUGCCUUAACUUUAAUCAAUAUUUUCUUCUGUUUUGCUGCCUUUGAAAGUUAGGUAGUGGUGGGGCUAGGGCUGGGCAUUUCACAUCUGAGCUUUGAUCUGUUGGGUUUCUGGCAACAGCUGGAUUUUACAGAAACACAGACAACCUCUGGAGCAUUCUGAGACCCUUUUGAGAGACAAGCCCUUAGGUACUUUUUGCCAUGAAGCAGCAUGGCAUAUACGUUGGUGAUUUUUCCCUAUCAGAUACUAACUGAGCUACGUUAGUUAGUUACAUUUGAUUUUUUAUUUUCAAACACUACUGGGAAGAUAUAUUCUUGUCCAGUGAUUAUAAAAAGUCUUUUUUGGCUUCUAGAGCACAUGGGCAAACGAAUUUGAUUUGAAAUUAGAGCCGUAGGUCACGUGUGUUAGUAAUUUAUUCCUUGGCUUCCUGUCAUGUUAAGGAAAUAUAUAAUGUGAAAAAGGUCAUGUUUUUAACCCUUCAACUAAGAUGAACCAAAUUUCCUUACGUAUGUAAAUCCAUGUAUUUAAACACAAAGUUUUAUAUGAUGCCAAUUCACACGGCAUAAUGGAUUCACCAUUCUCUAGAAUCUGUUUCAGCAAAACUUGCAUUGCUUUAGAAUUUUUAAAUUCAACCUUGCACAGCUCCUAAAAGCUAUGAAAAAUUCCCAGUGGCCCAGCCCUCAGGAUGUGUGACUUAGUGAAAGGAGAGAUUCUUUUUCUAGAAAAAAUGAGCCUCCUUGUAUUUCCUUUCUUUCUUUUUUUUUUUUUUUUUGACACAAACUGUAGAUUUUAGCAGCCCUGGCCCAAAGGAAUUUGAUUACUUUUGUUUUAAACAGUACAACGGGGACACUAUAAUUACAAAAAAACAUCCUUACUGAUUUUAGUUGUUUUUAAUUUGAUUUCUUUGGAUAUGUUUUCAGAGUGGUAAAUUGUGUGUGAGCAUUACAAAUGAUGAUUCUUUUAGUGGUUUCAUAGCCUCUCUUACAGCCCAUGGGGAUAGUACUGUACAUCAAUACCUUCAUAUGAAAUUUUUAUAUGCAAUGGAAAUAAAAGCAUGGGUUGAUUCUGCCUA